UUAAAAAAAAAAACCCCAUGCCAUAAAAUCUUUAAAAAAAAUGGAACGUUUCGAUUCGUUAUUUUGGCGCGAAAAGUUUGUUGAUGUCAUUGUCAUUUUUAGUUUUUACUUUUCAGUUUUCAUCCUUGUCACAUAAAUGUUAGCAAAAGUCGAUAGAAAAUUUAACAGGUGCUUGGUUAACUCGAUUUUUGUCACGCUAUUUAUUUCAAAAAUGAUUUCAUGAUAUUUAUCUCUUCCACGGAGGAUAUAAAAUGUUCGUGGAAGAUAUCAAAAAUGAUUUCUACAACUUGCUUCUUGGAAAUCGUGUCUUAUUGCUAGUCCAUUAUGAUGUGGAUGCAGUUUGUGCGUGCAAGAUACUACAGGAUUUGUUUAAAUGUGAUAAUAUCUCUUACACACUAGUGCCAGUUGGUGGUAUUUCCGAGUUAAAGACUGCGUAUGAAGAAAAUAAUGAAGAGAUCAAGUAUGUGGUCCUAGUGAACUGUGGCGGGACUAUAGACCUAGUUGAUAUACUUCAACCAGAAGAAGAUGUUGUGUUUUUUGUAUUAGACUCCCAUAAACCUACUGAUAUUUGCAAUGUUUAUAGUGAUGGACAGGUGCAGCUAGUUUACAAAGAUGAUGAAGAAAACAUUCCAAAUUUUGAUGACAUAUUCAGAGAAGAUGAAGAUGAAGAUGUGCCUGACGAAAACCUUCAGGGUACAGAGAGAUUAGAGGCGGUAGUAGAACGGCGAAGAGAGAGAAAGGCAUGGGAAGAGAAGAGACAUACUCUUAUGUUUAAUUACACACAAUUCUCCUACUAUGGGAAACCUAGCGCAUGUAUAGCCUUAGAGCUGGCAGUGCGAGCGUCACGAUGUAAUGCAUCAGCCUUAUGGGCGGGUGCGGUCGGUUGCGCUACUCAUUCGGCUCUGCACCUAAGACCACCCGCACAGUGUUUGCUUGACGCCGAACCCCUGAACCGCUGUUUGCAUACCCAAAGACAUAGUACGACAGCACACGUAGUAGUAGAAAAAGACGCGUGGCUCCCUCUGUACCGUUGGUGGUCAGUGGAAGGAGCUCUAAGUCACGCUUCGUGCUUUGCCCCUAAGUUAAAGUUACACGCGAGUUCGGGAGCAAGUCGCUUAAGACAGUUAUUAGCUGAUAUGGGGUUUCCCCUCCAGCAAGCACGCCAAGCCUACCGUUCUAUGGACGUGGAACUUCGUCGCUGUCUUCUAACAGCUCUGGAGACAGCUGCGCCUAAGCACAAGUUACCCGUCCCUACUCGUGCCACUUUCUUGCUACAGAAGCCCCAUGCCCAACCAUUGGCGGCGUUGGACACUGUAUAUGCUAUCAUGGCGUUAAUAGAACACGAGACAUUACCAAAAGCAGAAGGUUUUCAAAAAGCUCUGUCAGUGCUUCAAGUCAGCGGAGAGAAUGAAUCUCUGAAGCAAGGAGUAUCAGCUGCGAGAAAGGCCUUGGAGGCUGUGGCUCGACUGGCUCAUUCCAUACUUUCAUCUCGAGGACUGCUAUUGGCUGGACCUUUCAACUACUUUAUAGUUCAAGAGGGUACUUCAGAAUCUGCUAUGGUAAAGGGUCCACUAUGGCUGGGUGAAGCAGCUCGAUGGAUUGCAUCAGCUACAAGCGGAUCUAAACCAUUAGUAGCAAGUUCCCCUCUACCCAAUGGGCAGUGUCUACUUCUUGGACUGCCCCCGAGAUAUGACGAGGAGCCACAUAACUUAUUUGGAGCAGCUUUUGAACAAGCAGCGCAGAAAAGUGGGGCCACCGUUAUCUUAGACUAUGUUGACACUUCUAUUCUUGUACUACCUGUAAGUCAAAGAACACAGUUUCUCGAUGCUCUUACCGCAUUACUAGCCUAAGGAGUAUUGUACAAUGGAUAACUGUUUUAUUGCUUAGCCAGCAAGUUUGUUAAUGUCAGUACGCAAGAAAAGAUUAUGCCUAGUGGUACUUUAAGUCAUACUAGGAACUUCUGAAAUGAAUUUAUACAAAGGCAAAAUUCACUUUAUACAAGAUUUUAAGUAUUUUGCUACAGGCUCGAUUCAGUUGUGUCCCAGUCGAAUUUGUAUGAAAAUGGUCAUGUGACCAGCAGUGAGGAAUGAACUAGUGUCGUUCCCAUUUAAUUUUAUAUGCUGCUGCAAAAUUCAUUAGUUUACGCCCCAUUCACACUGUAGUAUUUUUAUAUUGGAUAAUUUUUCUGGCUGAUAAACAAAGUUGUUGACUACAUGUGGCAUGUAAUUACAAACAUUUUAAGACCACAUUUUUCAUAAUUGUCAUUAUAUAUUGUAAUUUGACCCACCUGGAAGAAAUAUAAUAUUCUGUAAAUAUUUUGUAUCCAUCCAAGUAACCAUAGCAAUAUAACAUCACAUUUAAGAUAAAACAAGUUGUAGAGUAGCUUAAUAGUAUUUUGUAAUGCACAUUGUUGCCAAAAACUCCACCUGAAUGGAAAACAUUUUCUACCUUAUAACUUUAGAAUUCGUGAAAAACCAUUUUUUUUAUAUUUGGUGUUAAUAAAUUUUAUUCCAAUAAUAAAUUUAAUCUGAAAAUAUAAGCUGAAUUGAGAAUAAUAUUAGAUAAGUAGAAUUGACAUUGUAAAUAAUUAUUGAGUGGUAUGUUUGAAAUGGACUGAAUGUUCCAAUUAUCUAGUGGAAUUGUUAUUUAUUUUUAAUGUGUACUUUUAAGAAAAUGUGAUUAAAUUUGUAUUAAACCUUG